AUGUCGAAAGAAACAGCGUCUAUGAGAGAAAUAAAACACAACCGACAACUCAUUUUGCAAGCUCUAAAUAAGAACACAACAAACUUUUCAAACUAUUCUAAGAUAUCUGAGUCAUUGAAAGAAGGAAACUUAAAACUGACAUUAAACCCAUUGACAGACGAGUUUCUAUUUCAAGACAGUAAGAACCAUACUGUUUGUAUAAAUCCAACAAAAGGAACUUUAAACGAGAAACCUAUAGAUGAACUUCUUUUGAAGGCAGAUGUUGACAACAAAGCUGACAAAGAGUAUGUCAUUGAAAAAGUUCAAGAAGAACAUGACAGAGCAGAUGCAACAUAUGCAACAAAAGCAGAUGUUGACAACAAAGCGGAUAAAACAUAUGUUAACGAUGAGUUAGCAUAUGUGGCUAGUGCAUUAGAUAAGAAGGCAGAUAAGGAAUAUGUGGAUGAAAAAGAUGAAGAAAUUAAAAAAAUGGUUGAAUGGUACCAUGAACGGACAUCGAAGAUUUUAGAAGGUAAAGCCAAUACAGGGUGGGUUUCAGGAUGUUUAGACCUUAAAGCCGACAAAGAAACU